AUGUGUAAGCUGAAACAUUCUAUUGGGUUCUAUCUCUUCUCUUCUGACAUCUUCUUAGUGGGCGCCGAUAAUAUUAUCGAUAUAACUUUUGGUGUUACAAGCGCCAUUCUCACGAUGAUAACUAUUUAUUUGAUGUGCAAACACCAUAAGUCUAGAGGCAAAUUAGUUCCAGAGCUUGAUGUCGAGCACGGCAGAGACUUUAAACUCAAUCCAACCAUACUCAAUCCUGAUCCAGUUUCUAUUCUCUCGUACUCUGACUUGCGAUCCUUAGCUAUAGCAUUAGACCAAGUCGUUGUACCAUUGUCAGUUACCCCACAACUAGAUAUUCCACCCAGCACGCCAUCUUAUCAGACUGCUUCGCAAAUUACGAUUGUACAACACCAGAUUCAUGAGCAGAAUGUACAGGCCUCUCCUAUUACGACGGAUUUAGCUACAGUAUUAGAUCCUCCCAGUUCUCACGCUUACUACCACUCACUCCAGAAUUUCUUUCUAAACGAGAGUGAGCAGUUUUGA